GUCCAGGUUACCCCACCAUGCUGCCGCCCCCAGUGGCCUUGACGCCCCCACAGCCCGCAGCUAUAAGACCAGGUAAACGCGGCAGGGGAGACACCGAGGAUGGAGAUGCUCCAGGGGCUGCUGCUGUGGCUGCUGCUGAGCGCGGCCGGGGUGCGGGCACCCGGGGGGCCACUGCGGCCGCUGUGCCGGCCCAUCAACGCCACCCUGGCCGCUGAGAACGAGGCCUGCCCUGUCUGCAUCACCUUCACCACCAGCAUCUGUGCCGGCUACUGCCCCAGCAUGGUUCGGGUGCUGCCGGCUGCCCUGCCGCCUGUGCCCCAGCCAGUGUGCACCUACCGCGAGCUGCGCUUUGCCUCCAUCCGGCUCCCCGGCUGCCCGCCUGGUGUGGACCCAAUGGUCUCCUUCCCGGUGGCCCUCAGCUGUCACUGCGGGCCCUGCCGCCUCAGCAGCUCUGACUGUGGGGGUCCCAGAGCCCAGCCCUUGGCCUGUGACCGCUCCCCUCGCCCAGGCCUCCUGUUCCUCUAAGGAUCCCCACCUCAACCUCCCAUGCCCACCCCAACCUCCCAUGCCCACCUCAACUCCUGGAGCCAGCAGACGCUCCUCCCCAUGCCUCCUAAUAAAGACUUCU